GGUCUUGGCCCAAAGCUUCUAGAAGAAGUCCCUUUCCAAGACCCAAACCACCAAACAGAAGCAAUCCUGGAAUUGCCUUCAGGCCUUCGCAAUUGAACCACCCCUUCGCAGCAUUCACUCCCACAAAUAUCAGCUCGUCAGGAUUUUAGCUAACCCAGCUUGGUCUUCCUUACUGACCGUAACAUUUUGGCAGCGCCAAUGGCUUCUUCAGCGGUCUUUAUGCAGGCGGCUUCUGCUAGGAACUUGUCGGUAGGUGUGGGGGUGGGGCAAGCUUGCGCAGCAGGGACCCGCGCACACGCUCAGGCCAGCAGCCAUCUAGCACCAGUGUUGCAGCUUAGCGGCAAUUCUGAAGCCCACCGCUUCACCCGUGUUGCGUCAAUUGUUCGCACCUCACACAGAGAAACGAGCUCGGCAGCUCGUCAUUUGGUUGAUCCGCGCAGGGCUUCCGAUGCUGCAGCUGCUUUUGCUGGAGGGGACUAUCAAAGGAGAAGGCUCCGGGGGACAACAUCCACAAAGUCGUCCUUCCUAGGGAGUGCUUCCGCGCUCGCAGAGCAGUCUGCUUCUGAUUCCUCAAGCGGGGCCGCUGGGCGGGGCGGCGCGCUGACAGCAGAGGCCAACUUGUUUGCGCGCAUCUACAGGAUUUUCGUCUCCACAGUGACGGGGGCGGUCAAGUCGCAGGAGGACCCGGCCAAGCUGCUGGACCAGGCGGUGAUUGACAUGGAGGACGACCUGGGCAAGGUGAAGCAGGCUACCGCGGCCGUGGUGGGGGCGCAGCGCCAGCUGGAGCAAAAGUACAACGGCGCCAGCCAGGUUGCGCGUAUGUGGUACGACCGCGCGCGGCUGGCGUUGGCCAAGGGCGAGGAGGACCUGGCGCGGCGCGCGCUGGAGAUGCGCAAGAUCGAGGACGACAAGGCACGGGCCUUCAAGGACCAGCUGGACAAGCAGAGCGCAAUUGCGACCAAGCUGGUGGCCAACACGAAGCUGCUGGAGGGCAAGAUCAAGGAGGCGCAGUCCAAGAAGGACUCCCUCAAGUACCGGGCCGAGGCCGCCAAGGCCACACAGUCGAUCCAGGAGAUGCUGGGCCAGAUCGACACGAGCAAGGCCAUCUACGCGUUCGGCAAGCUGGAGGAGGACGUGCUGCGCGCGGAGGCCAAGGCGGAUGCGCUGUCCGAUCUAGUUACCAGCGACAUGGACGCCAAGUUCGCUGCGCUCGAGUCCGAUUCCGCCGUCGAAGAUGACCUGCAGCAGCUGCGGGACGAGAUGCGGGGCGCGCGCGCGCUGCCGGCCCCAAAGGCCGCGGAAACGGGGGGGAAGAGUGUGUUCUGGAAGGAGUACGUGGACCCCCGGGUGGAGCGGGAGCUGGCCGAGCUGAGGGGUCAGAUGACCGCGCAAUGACACAAGGGCCACGGCCGGGGUUGGGGUGUGGGCUUUUGAGCAGCCUGGCCUUUGUUUGUUUCAUAAUGUAGGUUAGCUAUAGCUGUCCAACAACGGACAAGGUGGAACUGGGGUUCCUCUUUGUUGUAAGCAGUAUAGCAGCUCUGCGGCCAUGCCGGCCUGGCCAGAGCCGCUUAUCUGCGGUGCUCCGACCAGCUGGCGGGGGGCCUCCGCUGAUGUAGGCUUUGGACUGCGCGACCUUUAGUACUCAUAAGGCUACUAGAUUAUAUGAUGGCUCGUUUGUGUACAUAUAUAUGCGCAUGGUCAUGUGACCAUGCGCCAAGCCAGUCCUUAUAGUCGGUGAUACCCAAACGUUUUCUUUGUUUGUUCGAGCUGGAGGCCGCUCCUUUGUUGUUGGUCUCUUCAUUGCCAUAUUGUAGGGCUACAGAAGGUGUAGAUAUGAUUUCGGGAUGAUUUCCUGCUCUCGGAUUGAUUCAACGACUUCGCGCCGGCGACCGCGCUG